AAAAAAUGGAACACACCAGCAGUGUGAGGAGACCUGACAGUGGCUCAUGGCAGAGUGUGGCGAUGGAGACAGCACGCAAUGGGAAGGCCGUACAGGGACCCAUGAGACACUCUGGGGACCUGGCAGCAAGCAUGAGGAGGCGGCGGGGGCCCAUGGCAGAUUAGGGGCCUGGCAGCAGCUAUGGGAGGCCUGUAAUCUGCCAGCACCUAUGUCAAAAAAAUUGAACACACCAGCAGUGUGUGAGGAGGACCUGAAAGUGGACAUGGGCAAGUGUGGCGAUGGAGACAGCUACAAUGGGAGGCGUACAGGGACCCUAUGAGCGACUUUUUUCCUGUGGGAACCUGGCAGCAGCAUGA